AGAGCCCGCCUCGCUUUUUCCACCAUCCCCUUCUAGCCCGCAGUCUCGUUGCCCGAAGCCUCCCCUUCCAUAUCCCAGGCAGGCUCUGGAGGUCGGGGAGGGGAAGGGGGAGGGGGAGCGGGUGUGUGUGAGUGUGUGUGAGAGGGAAGGGAGAGUGGCCGAGAGAGGGGGGGAGUUCCGGUUCCGGUUCUUUGUGCGGCGGCGGCAGUGGCUCCGGGGGAAGAUGGCGGCCCGGGCUGGUUUCCAGUCAGUGGCUCCGAGCGGCGGCGCCGGAGCUGCGUCAGGGGCGGGCGCAGCGGCCGCUCUGGGCCCGGGUGGGACUCCGGGGCCCCCAGUGCGAAUGGGCCCGGCACCCGGCCAAGGGCUCUACCGCUCCCCGAUGCCCGGAGCAGCCUAUCCGCGUCCAGGCAUGUUGCCAGGAAGCCGUAUGACACCUCAGGGACCUUCUAUGGGACCUCCUGGCUAUGGGGGGAACCCUUCAGUUCGACCUGGUCUGGCCCAGUCAGGAAUAGAUCAGUCCCGAAAGAGACCAGCUCCUCAACAGAUCCAGCAGGUUCAGCAGCAGGCAGUCCAGAAUCGAAAUCACAAUGCAAAGAAAAAGAAGAUGGCUGACAAAAUUCUACCUCAGAGGAUUCGUGAGCUGGUACCAGAAUCCCAGGCCUAUAUGGAUCUCUUGGCUUUUGAAAGGAAACUGGAUCAGACCAUCAUGAGAAAACGACUAGAUAUUCAGGAGGCCUUGAAACGACCUGUCAAGCAAAAACGGAAACUUCGUAUUUUCAUUUCGAAUACUUUCAAUCCAGCUAAAUCAGAUGCUGAAGAUGGGGAAGGAACUGUGGCUUCCUGGGAGCUUCGGGUAGAAGGACGGCUCCUCGAGGAUUCAGCUCUGUCUAAAUAUGAUGCUACCAAGCAGAAGCGUAAAUUCUCCUCCUUCUUUAAGUCUUUGGUGAUUGAGCUGGACAAAGAUUUAUACGGGCCAGACAACCACCUGGUGGAAUGGCACAGGACUGCUACCACCCAGGAGACAGAUGGCUUCCAGGUGAAGCGGCCAGGAGAUGUAAAUGUUCGUUGCACUGUUUUGCUGAUGCUAGAUUACCAGCCUCCUCAGUUUAAAUUGGACCCCCGCCUGGCCCGGCUUCUGGGUAUCCACACACAGACACGUCCAGUGAUCAUCCAAGCACUGUGGCAAUACAUCAAGACUCAUAAGCUUCAGGACCCCCAUGAACGGGAGUUCGUUAUCUGUGACAAAUACCUCCAGCAGAUAUUCGAGUCGCAACGGAUGAAGUUCUCAGAGAUCCCCCAGCGGCUCCAUGCCUUGCUCAUGCCACCAGAACCCAUCAUCAUUAAUCACGUCAUCAGUGUUGAUCCCAAUGACCAGAAGAAAACUGCCUGUUAUGACAUUGAUGUGGAAGUAGAUGACACCCUUAAGACCCAGAUGAACUCCUUCCUGCUAUCUACUGCAAGCCAGCAGGAAAUUGCUGCUCUAGACAACAAGAUCCAUGAGACAAUAGAGACCAUCAACCAGCUGAAAACCCAGAGAGAGUUCAUGCUGAGUUUUGCAAGAGACCCCCAGGGCUUCAUCAAUGACUGGCUUCAGUCCCAGUGCCGGGAUCUGAAGACCAUGACAGAUGUAGUGGGAAACCCAGAGGAGGAGCGCCGAGCUGAGUUCUACUUCCAGCCAUGGGCUCAGGAGGCUGUGUGCAGAUACUUCUACUCUAAGGUGCAGCAGAGACGGCAGGAACUGGAGCAGGCUCUGGGCAUCCGAAAUACAUAAGGCCCCUCCUCCAUCCUCAGCCCGGCCACACCAAUUCUUCGUAUAGGCUGUUGUGCCUCCCCAUAGCACCUGCCCUAGUCUUGCUUUGGGGUCCUCCAGGGGAAGCUGCUGGUUGAAGGAUGACACCAAGAUGAAGAGGGUCCCACAUUUCUGUCUCAAGAGACAAAUAUCCUCCUCCCCAGUCUCUCCAACUCCCUUUUGCCUCACAAAACUCCCACGUGCCUCUCCCUUUUCCUGGUCUACAUAGGACCUCUAGUUAGUAUUAGUGAGAGAAUUUAUAGUGGUAAUCAAUGCUCUGAAUGAACUGGCCUAAGGCUAAGUGAUCUUCAAGGGAAACAACUAAACUCAUGUUGCCCUUAAGAGACCCAGGAUCGAGGGCCAUAGUCCCUUUCCCCAGGUCUGGACCAGGGGGCAUUCUGUAAGUUAGUUGGUUUCGGUUGUCCCUAUAUAGAAUCCCAUUUUCUUUCAUCAGUUUGGUACAAACUCUUAAUGGGAUGUUCUGGGACCCAAGGGAACUUUAAGACCACUUGACUUAGUUGACCCCUAGGCCAUGUUCCUCUAGGAUGGCCUGCUGGCUUAGCUCUUCCCUGAGUCCCCUAUGUGGGGGUUCACAUCAGUAUUAGAGUUUGUUCCCUGACUGCUGCUCCCACCUGGCACACUCCCUAUAGCUGCUGCUUUUUCUUAGGAUUCUUCCUAAGCCAGGGCAUUUGGGCUGGGAGCCCUGCCUUUCCCCACAUCCAUUCCCUUGUGUGUUGUCACUGCCAGCAAAGGCAUUCAUUCCUUCCAGCUAUUGCUUGGACAUGUGGCCACCACCCCUCCUACUCCACCUUUUCCCCAGUAGAGAGAGACGCCUCAAACCCAAUGCAUAAAAGCCCUGGGACAUCUCUGUUUCCCUGUCCCUUGCCCUUUUAGUUAGUACCCCAUAGUGGGUCAUGGGGCAUUGGGGAAUAAGGAGAGCCGAGGGCUGGAGAGCGGCUCUUUGUUGGGUUUGUGACUCUCUCUACCCUUAAUCCCAACUGAAAUCCUUCAGCCCCUCAGGUAAGCAGCAGGGCCAGGGGUCUGGCCCAGUAGAACUGAGAUGGUUUUGCAUCCUUCCAGGAAAGCUCCAUAUUCCUUUCCCAGGUUGGAUUUUUCCCUUAAGUUAGCAUAUCUCAGGCUCGCAGACUCAACACAGCAGGGUGGGAGAGAGCCAGGUGCAGAAGGGGCGUUGGGUUUGGCAUCAGCUCCAAAACCCCACAGAACUGACAGACUCCUGCCUCCCCACCCCUCCUCAGGCUCCUGCGAGUAUACCCUCCUCCGUGCCUGCUCCACAUCACGUGGCAGCGGAAUCUUCCCACUGUCCCUCUGAAAGGCUUCCCUUACACUACUACAAGGGCACCUCACAAACCUCUGUUGGGGGAGGGCAGCUGAGCCCUGGCCCCACUGCUGGCCAGGACCAUGUGAAGGAAGCUCAGACACCGGCCUUCCUCCCACCACUUAGGCAGUGUCCCUGUUGCAGAUAACUUUUUAUUAACUGAAUGUUAUGUUUUUUCAUGGACCAAAAUUUUUUUUGUACUGUCCCCUUAUAGAUGUCACCCAGUUUUAAUAAAAGCAUCUUCUGAAG